AUGGCUUCUGUUAUGGCAUGGGGCGCCGGCGCUGCCGUCGCGGCCUUUUUGGGUCGAGCUGGUCUGGUCGCAUGGAGACGCUCACGGGGUGGCGUUGGAGCCAUGGGCAAGGCUUUCUACAAGGGCGGUUUUGAGGCCAAGAUGACCAAGAAGGAGGCUACUCUGAUCCUGUCACUCAACGAGCGAGCCAUUACCAAGGACAAGGUCCGCAAGGCCCACCGAACCCUCAUGCUUCUCAACCAUCCCGAUCGAGGCGGCAGCCCUUACCUUGCGACAAAGGUUAACGAGGCCAAGGAGUUCCUGGACAAGAACGGUUAA